UUUCUCCAAUUGAGAAAUGGGGAUGGGUCGCUAUGAAGUCGAUGCCAAAGUGGGACGAAGUUGAAGAAUGCGUGGACGAUCUCAUCGCGAAGAAAUUUAUCGAUGCGUCAAAGGAAAAGGAAAUCCACGCAGAAUAUGCUCACUUGAAACAUUUAUUGAAUUUUCAAUUUCAAAAUGGAAAGGAGAAAAUGUAUCCGCUCAACAGCGUUGGCUUGAUGUUUUCGCGUUCUUGCGAACAAAAGAUCUUCCAUUCAACAACUUUGCCAUUCUGAUUGAAUAUGCGUUCACUAUUCCAGGUGCAAACUUGGUGUGUGAACGGCUUUUUUCAUUAGUAACCAACUACUGGACCGACAAGAAAUCUCGACUCACAAUCGACACACUGAAGAGCUGGCUGCAAGCAAAAUUCAACAUGACCAUGACUUGUGAACAAUUCGCUGAAUACAUUCGUACCCGCGAAGAUAUUUUGCGGGAGGUUCAAGCUGAUCCGAAAUACCACGUUUGAAUAAUUGAAAAAUGCGACCAAAUCGAUAUCAUUCAAAUUUUCAUAAGCAAAUAUUUGAUCUCUGAACUAUGAAUAAACACUCCAUACACUUUAUCUAUCAGUAGCACACAAGAUGUUCUUGUUUUAAUCGAAUUUGGUGUUUUUUUUGUAAUUUUUAACUAGUCCUAUAUUUCGACCGAAAAAAUAUAGGA